GUGUGCCUUUACAGUGGGGUGUGAAAGUGAGCGCUAGUAGGAAGGAUCAAUACAAGAAGCGACCCAUACGGGCGCCAUAUUGACCAAAACAAAAUGGCAGAACAAGAGAAUAGUUGACAAAGUCUGCUGGCUUUCAUUGACAGAUGCCUUCUCGUGACACGAUUAAUCCGCAACAACGACUAUUAGAUCGGCUCCUGUGCUCGAGGCAGUGGCCACUCUUCUGAAUGACUAUGAUCAAGUUCCUACUUAUGGUCAACAAACAGGGGCAGACUCGCCUAUCCAAGUAUUAUGAACAAGUGGAGCUGGGGAAGAGAGCAGCUCUGGAAGCUGAUGUGGUCAGGGGAUGCCUCGCGCGGAGGAAGGAAGAGUGUUCAUUUGUGGAGUAUAAGGACUACAAAUUGGUCUAUCGACAGUACGCAGCACUUUUUGUUGUUGUUGGCAUCACUGAAAAUGAGAAUGAACUCUCAAUCUAUGAACUUGUGCACAACUUCGUCGAGGUGUUAGACAAGUAUUUCAGUCGUGUGAGUGAGUUGGAUAUCAUGUUCAAUUUAGAUAAAGUGCACAUUAUACUUGAUGAAAUGAUCCUGAAUGGACACAUUGUGGAGACAAACAAGAACCGGAUACUGGCACCACUACUGGCCCUGGACAAGAUGGCUGAAAGCUGAUCCAAUCUUAUAAAUAAAGGGUUCUCACUAGUCUAAACUUAGGGUUCAUCUUCCAUUAAAUUGUUUAUAAAUUUUUUUGAUGUGAUCGGUAAUAAUCCCAAUGCAUUGUCAAAGAUGUCUAAAAGUUCCUCUUAA